AUGGCAACAUUGCAGAAAUUCAAGUUCUUAGCUACACAGUGUGCUGUAUCUAGAGGCAGUCCCAGUCCAUCUAGAAGCCCUGCAGCUAGUCCUGUCUUUCAACUCCGUCGCCGCAGAACUCUCCGGAUGCUUUUCAGUAAAAAAUUCAGUACUACUACUUACUCAUCGAAUGUAUCAAGAACAGAUCUCCAGCGGUUAAUAAACAAUCGCGAUUCGCCCCCAGAAAAGAAUGAUAAUAAAUCGUCAAUUAGUAGUGGCAGCAAUAAACUGAAAGAUUUGUUCAUUUCUUCUCCUUCUCCACCUCCACCUACUCAUGAGGGAAAAUCUUUGAGGGAAAACGUCGCCAGAGAUAGUAGAGAAGAUUUGAUGGUGGUUCAGUCGAGUAAUGGAGUUGGAUUAUCUUCUUCCAGAUCAAUUUUAUCGACGUUCCGGUAUCGACUGAUUAAGAGAAGUUGGAGACCUGUACUAAUCACAAUUGCUGAAUAA